UCAAUUGAUAAUUUAUUAGGUUCCAAUAAUUAUUAUGGUCAACUAUCAUCAUAUAACGACUAUAACAGCCAAACUUAUGGAUCAUCUACCGAUCACACACAACAACAAUUCUCAAAUUCUGCAAACGAUAAUCAAGGUUCAAUUUACACUGAUGACUCUCAAUUGCCACCAGUGGUUGUAAAACCUCAACAACAGCCUGCUCACCGGCCAGCCCCACCACCAGCCCCACCCUCUGCGACGAAUCGAGCUAUGCCUCCUGCGAGGCCCAAAGCACCUCCUUCACCACGGCCACCGAGAAAAGAAGCGGAACCAGAAGUUGAUGCUUGGACGCAGUUUAAACAAUUGAGUGAAAAAGCUAGUGAAGCUGUCAAAGUUACUGAGGAUAAACUAAAAGUUUUAAGCGAGACUACGGUUGCUAAUGAAGUUAAGGACGAAAGCUAUAUUGCUCAAAUCGGUGGCUCUCAAACAUUUAUACCGGAACUGGCUCAACGACAGAUUAAAGCAAAAGAAGAAGAGCUAGCACUGAAAAAGGCUGAAAAAAAAAGUCGCAAAAAGCAUCAUAAAGCAGCAACGCCAGAAGUUUCACCUUUGGAUGAAGCAGAAAUGGAUAGGGCAGCACAAGAACUGGCAAAGAAAGUAGCUGCUGCUAGAAUGGACAUGGAAGGAUGGAAGCCACCAUCAGAACGUGACGCUUCCUUGGAACAUCAACUAGAUGAAAACAGCUCUGCUGUUCUUAAUCCUGCAGAUAUAACUGGCAAAAUUUCUGUUUUCAGUGGCAGGAAAAGGUGGACAGCAUUUGAUGAUCAAUUCGCACCUCACUUACCGCCAUCAGAGUCUGAUUUCUUCAGCCAUGCAGCAGAUAGUGGCACAAUUAAUCAAGACGACGCAUUUGGUGGUCCGGAAUCAGACACACUUUCCAGUGUGGCUUCUAGAAGAGAUCCUUUUGCUCCUUUGGAAGAGAACUUGAUUCAACAAGAGUACGACCCCUUUGACAUCAAACCGGCUGAGGAUGUUUUUGAAGCUGCUAAAGCAAAAGCUGCAGCCGAUUCUGCUGCUGCUGAAGCCCAGAGAGAUCUCGCAUUGUUUGAAAGUCCAUUAAGUACACCAACUCAAGAAGGAGGAAGCCCAGCAAGUUCUCGGCCUCCAGGAUUUGAAGACGAAUUUCAUGCAGAAAGUGCUGUAUCAUCUCCAUUAUACGAUGAAGAUGACGCUGAGCCAUUGACCGAUUUUCCUGAGAAAUUUACAGGCGAAGGUUGGGAGUUGAUGAUUAGGUUUCCAAUAAAAAAGAAAUUAAUGAGCGACCGAUUUUGGAAACCAUGUUUCGUCAAAAUACAAGGAUGCACACUUUACUUGUGUGAUUCAAAGAAGGACCAAAAACCAUUUCAGGAACUGCUCUUACAAACAAGUUAUUCUGUAUCAGAUACGACAUUACAAGCUUACGACAUAUAUGGAAAAAUACAUACCGUUAAACUGCAAUAUGUCGUAUACAAAGAACGAGUUGGGAUAAGACCAGGGCAAAUCUCACGUCUAGUGGAAGGUCAUAUUACUAAAUAUGGCUUACCUCUGGAGCACGCAGCUCAAUGCACUGUUUUAUUGAAAUUCGGUAGCUUGAACGCCGUUGAACUGGCUUCUUUUGUAACAACGGUCGAAGAUGUGCUAUUUCGGUGUCCGGCAAGAAGAGAGGUCACGCCGGUGUAUAAACAGGACGAAGUUCAGAUACAUUGUUAUGACGAGUAUUCAGCUUAUGUUGAUAAAGACGGGAUUGUUAGUGAUCAAAAAGCUCGAGUCAGACUGUUCUGUUUGGCAUUCUUAACUGGAUCGCCUUACAUAGAAAUAGGACUGAACGACCGCAGACGGCAGGGAAAAGAAAUCGUUCGUCGAAAAGAUAUUUUACCUAUGUACACUGAAAAAUGGAUCCGUUUUGAAAAUAUCGAAUUUCAUAAUACUGUCAAUAAAGAACAGUUUGAUCAGGAGCAAGUUAUCAGUUUUCAACCUCCAGACGGAUGCUUUUUCGAAGUUAUGCGGUUCAGAAUACGUCCCCCCAAAAACCGUGAAAAACCGCUGACGGUUAAAAGUAUGAUGAGGAUGGCUGGUUCGAAAAUUGAAAUUCGAAUAGAAGUUAUGGCUGCUCCACAAAUUCAAAAAACGAAAGGAGGAAGAGUGACCAGAAAUCAGAUACCAUGCGAAGACAUACAAAUUCGCUUUCCAGUUCCUGAAGCUUGGAUAUAUCUGUUUAGAGAAGAGCGUAAUUGGGGAGUUGGUUCAGUACAUGCAAAAGUUAGAAGACCUGGAAAAGUCAAGAAUUUGAAAGAUCGUCUGAUGGGUGUAGUGCAAAACAUCGAGAAUUCACUGAUAGAAGUGGCUAUUGGUGAAGCAAAAUAUGAGCACGUUUAUCGUUCACUAGUUUGGAGAAUACCGCGACUACCUGAACGGCACCAUGAAGCUUACAAGCAACAUUUACUGACUUGUCGUUUUGAACUUUCUUCGUUUGAUUUGAUGCCUGAGACCUUUAUACCCGUUUGUGAUGUUGACUUCACAAUGCCUCUUGCCACUAUUAGUAACACGGUGGUUCGCUCAGUCAGUGUUGAGCAACAUGAAGACAGCGAUCGAGUAGAAAAGUUCGUCAGAUACGUCGCCAAAUGCACUUAUAAGGUUGAGAUCGACUAUGUACAAUGCUCAACGCUAGAUGUAGAUGCAAUUGUUGAUCCCACAAAUAUAAAUCCAGAGGCGUCGCAAGAUGUUAUUCCUGAACCACAUAAACCUACGAUGAACCCUAAUGAUGUGAAGAAUGUUUAUAAAAAAGAAGAAGAAUCGAGCAGCGAUGAGGGGGAAUCAGAGCGAAAAGCGCCAAUGAUUCAAAUUGACAUGAAAGGUUACGGUUAUUGA